ACUCUCAUCAUCAGUCACUAUCGCAUGUGUCAUAGAAAAACUAGAAAAACCAAAAGAGAAGAAAACAAUCAUAAACAUUAACCUUGACGUUCGUUUGAAAAGAAAGUGUUGAAUUUUUAUGCCGUGCCUCCCAAAUUUGUCUCGAGAAAAAGCUUUUGGCUGGCAUUAGGUAUUAGGUAUUAGGCCUUGCUCAGAACGUGUGAAAUUUACUAAUAAACCAGGAGGCUGCGUCGAACAAGGAAAAGAAAAAGAAUAUUUGUUUACACACACGUUCGCGACGUGAGAAACUCAUAAUAACAUUUACAGUCAGCAGUUAUUUUCUUUAGUCUACCCUGUGGUGAUAAUUACAAUUUCGCUUCUUUCUACUAACCAAUCACGUCACCACCUGUAACAGUCAGCCGAAAAAAGAGUGCAAAUUUAUUAGUUCUAUUUAUAUAAUCAUUUAUUGAGAGUGCCUCGGAAACGGGUAAGAGCUCAGUAAGCAACCAACUCUAGUCAAAGGCAGACGGCAACGAGAUGAUGAACAAUAACAUUAACGGAACGGUGGACGGUGAAAAUAUCGUAGAAUUCGAUUCGCUUGAUUUCAAGGUACGAGAAUUGAUAAAUGCUGCCAUCAAAGUACGCCACAACGCGUACUGUCCGUACAGUAACUUCGCAGUGGGAGCAGCGCUGAGGGCUACCACCGGUGAAAUCUUCACCGGAUGCAACGUCGAAAAUGGAACCUUCGGACCGAGUGUUUGUGCCGAGAGGACAGCUAUUUGCAAGGCAGUCAGCGAGGGAUAUCGCGAGUUUGAAGCCAUCGCCGUAGUGGGCUUACAGGAGAGCCAGUUCACAACUCCGUGCGGUACCUGCCGGCAGACGCUUUCCGAGUUUUGUCGCAAAGACAUUCCGGUGUACGUGGCAAAACCGGCACCGGCCCGUGUGAUGGUGACCUCGCUGUACAAACUGCUGCCGCAUGCAUUUUUCCCCACUUUUCUGAACAACUGAACCAUCGCGGAAUUGCGUACUUCAGCCACGUGGGGGUGAGCCACAAGUAUGGAAAUGCAUUUUUCACUCAAUUCGAUUGAACUUGUGGACCGCUUGAUCCCGUUGGCUUAUUCAAAAGUAGUUUUCAUAUUCAAUAGAAAAAUGUAUACAUUAUUUUCGAAUGUUAAACUUUGAAAUUUUCCUUAUUUUGAUAGACACAGUGUACCAGAAUUAUCAGUCGAUAAUCCAUAUAUAAUUGAUGUACAAUGACGAAACCAAACUUUUACUUUCUGUGCUGUAACUGUCUUAUAUAUACCAACAAUUAUUGAUAAUAUAUUUACUCAGUGUGUAUUAAAAAUCAAUUUGACGAUUGAAGUAGGUA